AAAUACCUCUAACGACCGAGCGUGAUUUUCCUCCUAGAAGAUUGUGCUACCCAAAGACCUCUUUAAAAAGAGUCCAGAUUAUACACAUUUUAGUUCUCCGCGAAAUAUAUAUUCUUCUUACCCUUCCUAGUAUUCUCCCCGUUUUCCACAACAACCAGUGGCACCACAUCUACUCCUCCAAAGAUGGCUUCUGACCGAGGUGACGUUGAGAAACCCACGGUAAACGAUACAAAUGAAAAAAUAACCAUCGGCGAAAAGUGCGAGUUCAAGGCAUACCAUGAAACUGUUAAACAUGGCGCGGGCACUACAGUGCCUGUCCCAGAUCCCUUUGAUGGGGGCAGUUCUCACGGCGAGGACAGCGCCUAUGCCUUAGUUGUCCGAAGGAAAUUCGAGGAACACAAACCAAGCAAGGUCACCUUGCAGGUUAACUCCCCCCAUAUCCAGAAAGUCUUCCGUAACGUGAUCAAGUCGUAUAUCGAUGUUGCAUCGGACUUCACCUCUACCGUGGAGCUCCAUAGUCCAUUCGAAAUGCUCGCCCAUUAUUGGGACGAGCUAGAUGAAUACCGCAAGUCCACGACUGAUGCGGCUACGCGGGAGCACCUAGAUCUCCUGUUCGAGUUCAUGGAACACGAGGUUAAACUCGAUCGCGAACGCGCCCUCAAGAUGAUCCAGAAACAACAAAUCACUUACGACAAUGUGUGGUUCAUCUAUCGCCCAGGAGAUAUCCUAUACACCGAGGUCGGUGGGCAUCCCUGGCUCUUGGUCUGCAAGAAGACUGCGUACGAAGAGGCCACGGAUUGCGGUCCUUACCUGGAAAUCCACUGUACCUACACCGAUGAUAACGGCGUCGUUGCAGGUCAGGCUUUACACAUUAUGUCUAUGCUCCAGAGAAAUAAGUUCCCGGCAGGCAACCCAGUCUCCAUUACAGAACUUGACAUAUUCCCGCGUAGGUUUAUCAAGGAGGGAGAUAGUCUUGAACAGCGCUUGAAGUUGCGCGGAGAGAAAUAUCUGGCUUUGAAAGACCUUUCUACCAUGGCUUACGAUGGUGCCGCUCAAUGGCUAAAAGCGCCUCCACAGGACUUUUACGACCCCUUCCCAUCGAAGUUCCGCGGCGUAUGGCUCCCAUACACCGAAACGGGCAGAAUCGUCCUAGAUCGCAAGACCUUCGGCGAGGAGCAGCGGCUCGCCAAAGCCCAGGUUAAGAAGACGGGUACGGAGCCGUUGUACUGCCCGCCAUACACUCUGGGCUACUCGCUCGGGCGCAAGGAGUGGUGUCGGUUCUACGUCGACAACCUCCGAGAGGUCGGAUGGGAUCCCAACGCGUGGGACUCCCUGGUGCUUCCCGAUCGCGAAAAGAAUCUUCUCAAAGCCCUUAUCUCUUCCCACGCGUACGCCAAGAACGUUCGCGACUCGAUGCAGCAGAAGGGCAGGGGCCUCGUUAUCCUGCUGCACGGAACGCCCGGAUCUGGAAAGACUCUCACGGCCGAGACGGCUGCAGAGGGGAGUAGGAAGGCGCUUAUGUCAACUUCAGUGGGCGAGCUUAACAACGGGUCAACCUAUUUUUAUGGGUCGUCUGCCUUUGAGAGACAGCUGAAGAAGAUGCUGCAAUAUGCAACGAUCUGGCAAGCAGUGGUGCUUCUAGACGAGGCAGAUGUGUUCCUUGAAGCCAGAAAAGAUAGCGGAGAUACCGAGCGGAACUCGUUGGUAGCUGUACUCCUCAAGGAACUCGAAUACUUCGGCGGCGUCGUAUUCUUAACGACAAACCGUGUCGGCUCGUUUGACAUCGCCAUGAAGUCCAGAAUCCACAUGGCUCUUACAUACACGCCACCCGAACUGGGUGUGCGCAGACGUAUCUGGGCGCAGUGCCUCAAUAAGGUGCCGGCAGAUGCUAAGGACAUCGAUAUCGAAGGGACGGUCGAGGCCCUGGUCACCGCUAAGCUGAACGGAAGAGAGAUCACUAACGUCGUCAACACCGCGAGGACAUUGGCAAGGUUUGAUGGUGCUCCUCUAAAUCGAGGCCAUCUUGAGACUGUGGUCGACGUCCGAAAAGGGUUUGAUGAGAGCUUGAAGAGUGAGGGGCUUCGUUAAGGGGGAGAGAACUACUAUGACUGAUUGUUGUUGAUCCAUGCGUUCAUUUACCGUAUAUCAUAGAUGGAUACCUACCUCAGGUACUUUUACUUUAUACAUAGUACACAGCCAGCUGCCCGUCAAUUUACAUUGUUGCAUUACCGU